AUCUCCUAAUGAUGUGGAAAUCAUAAACCUCCAAUUGAGUUUUGCUCUGGUAGAUGUUCACACACCCUAACAAUUUGCGUGACUUCGAUUUGCUAAUGCUUUUAGGCGGCAGAACAAUCAAAAUAGGGGGUAGACCACAUGGCUCAUUAACAUAUAUGUUAAAGACCCUCGGCAAACUAGAGAUUUACUUGAAAAUGAAAAUAUCACUUCGCCUGUCAUUCUGCUGCGUCACUGUUCUCGUGUCCUCCUACUCGCAUUAAUUUGUUAAAAUUAACUGUUAGCUUAAGCAUUAUUAUAUUGGAUUGAUAACUUCUAUAAUUAACUGAGGAUUUCUAAUGUCACUUCAUCGUUCUUCUAAUGGACCUCCACCAGCGAAACCACUUGUUGCAUUGCUUGAUGGUCGUGACUGCACUAUUGAAAUGCCCUUGUUAAAAGAUGUGGCCACAGUUGCUUUCUGCGAUGCUUCAUCCACCAGUGAAAUUCAUGGUAAAGUCCUUGAAGAAGCUGUUGGGGCUUUAAUGUGGCAUACCAUUUCUUUAACGCGCGAGGACCUUCAGAAAUUCAAAUCACUAAAGAUUAUCGUGAGGAUUGGCAGCGGUUAUGACAACAUUGACAUAAAAGCCGCUGGGGAACUUGGGAUUGCUGUUUGUAAUGUUCCUGGAUUUGGUGUUGAGGAGUCUGCAGAUACGACACUUUGCCACAUUCUGACCUUAUAUCGACGUACUUAUUGGUUAGCAAACAGCCUGCAAAUGGGCAAACGGAUUAAUGGACCUGAGCAUUUAAAGGAAGUUGCAAACGGGUCUGCUCGAAUACGACGUGAUACUCUUGGGAUAGUUGGUUUAGGCCGAGUUGGAACAGCUGUUGCAUUACGAGCCCAAGCUUUUGGAUUUCAUGUAACAUUUUACGAUCCUUAUCUUCCAGAUGGGAUCGAACGAUCAUUGGGUAUCGAACGUGUUUACAGUCUUCAAGAUCUACUAUUUCAAAGUGAUUGUGUCACUUUGCAUUGCUCACUUAAUGAGCAAAAUCGCCAUAUGAUCAAUGAGCAUACAAUAAAGUUAAUGAGACCGGGUGCAUUUUUAAUCAAUACUGCUCGAGGUGGUUUAAUUGAUGAAGUAGCCCUUGCUGCUGCACUUAAGGAAGGUCGAAUACGUGCUGCAGCAUUGGAUGUAACAGAGACAGAACCAUUUGUUUGGAGUAAUAGUGCUUUAAAAGAUGCUCCAAAUCUUAUUGUAACACCUCAUAUGGCAUUUUACAGUGAAUCAAGUAUGCGUGAAAUGCGCGAGGCAGCUGCAAAUGAAAUCCGAAGAGCUAUUUUAAAUCGCAUACCAGACUGUCUUCGAAACUGCGUCAACAAAGAAUUUAUGCCCAAUGGUGGUUCGUCAUUAUUUUCUCACGGUUGUUCCAACAAUAGUCUAUCCAAUAAUAUCAAUAAUAAUCCCCUGGUUAAUAACAAUCAUCUGUCUCUUGGAGCAGGUAUACCUGGUGUUAAUGCCCUCAAUAGUAGUGUAGCUUCAGGAUUAGAAAACGCCGCACGUGGUUUGCAUCCAGCAGCUGCAGCUGCCGCGUUCGGUCUCUCAGCAGGUCUUUUCUCUUCUGCCGCGGGUGGAGGUUGUGGUCUUGGGGUUGGUGCUAACAGUCUCCCCUUCCCUGCUAACCUAAUUGGUGGAUCAGGGAUAGGUCUGUCAAAUGCCGGUGGUGGAGGUAUUCUCACCAACAGUGGUGGUCCAACAACAAUCCCAGCCCUUCCUCCUCCUCCUGCCGUUGCCGCGGCCGCCGCAGCCCAUCUAGCUGGCCUUCCUCCUGUCUCAGCGUACGCCAACUUCUUUCCUCCCGGAUUAGCCGCUGGUUUAGGCCUUCCUCUCCCUCCUCCGCACGCUGCAUCUUUGGCUGGCGUAACCGGAUCCUUAGGAGGUACAACGACUGGGUCUUCAACGAGUGCAACCUCAGGCAAUUGUACUAAUAAUUCUACUUCAGGCUCAGGAGGCCAGACAGUCAGUUCCCCCUCACCUGCAACCAGCGGUUGUAUCCCUGGUGUAUCCAGCAGUACUUUCGAUAGCGUACAUGCCAGGCUCGCUGCCGCCGCCAGUCUUGUUGCUUCGGGUCUAAAUCCGAGAUCUUCAUGAUACUACACUUUUCUUAUCAAAAUUAAUCAAAAGGUGUAAAGUGAACAAACUAUAUAAAUGUUUUGCUAACUUUGAACUAUAAGGGGAUUUGUUAAUCCUAUCUACCUACCAUGCGUAUGUGUAUCGCAUGUGUACUUCAUGCAUUAAUAAAAUGUUGUGUUAUGAUUUAUUUUUUUAAAUUAAAAAUUUAUACAUCUCA